AUGGCGACGUCAACCUCGAGCUUUACGCUUCCCGGUGUUGAUCCACCGGUGCGUGUUCAGUUGACACCAGACCUCUCACAGGACCAGUUGCUGUCUUUCCCGCCGUUUGCGAACUGGCUGUCGACUGUACAUCGUUCUCUGGCCAGACAGGAAGACGCUUCUCACGCGUUCCAUUCAAAGCCGUAUACGCUCCGAGGUAUCACCGUGCAGGCCGUCGACUACUUUGGCCCAAAGAAGCUGGGGUUUGUCAAGUUUAAAGCAGACGUCUCUACCGAUGAUGGAGAUAAGCUGCCGGGUAGCGUCUUUCUGAGAGGUGGCAGCGUCGGCAUGCUGCUCAUCCUCCAGCCAGACGACCUCCCAGACUCCUCCAACGAUGAAAAACAAGUCGUUCUUACCGUCCAGCCCCGUAUACCGGCAGGAUCACUUACCUUUACCGAACUACCGGCUGGCAUGAUCGACGAACAUGGCUCGUUUGCCGGAGCAGCAGCUCAAGAAAUACACGAGGAAACGGGCCUCGUUAUCAAACAAGAUGAACUCAUCAACAUGAGCUCGCUUGCUCUACUCACCAAAGACAGGAAAGCAGGCGAGGACGACGAUCUACAGAGUGCUGUAUACCCUUCGCCAGGAGGAUGUGAUGAAUUCAUCCCUCUCUUCCUGUGUGAGAAACGGCUGCCCAGACAAGACAUACAGCAGAUGCAAGGGAAGUUCACUGGCCUGAGGAAAGAAGGCGAGAUGAUUACGCUUAAGCUAGUGCCGCUGUCUCGACUGUGGAAGGAGGCUGCUAAAGAUGCAAAGGCCUUGUCCGCCUGGGCUUUAUACCAGGGCCUAAAGCAGGAUGGUCGACUAUAA